CACUCUCGAGCUAGUCUUUAUACACGCUCCUCCCAUUUUCCUGCUCUUUUGAGUGCUGCACCGACUGUUCGCUGAGUUCGCGGCUUUGUAUGGGCCUUCCAUCUUCGUCCAAGCCUUCUUUGUUGGGUCUCACCCCGCCGCCACCGAGCGCGGGCCUUCCCCGCUCUAGAAUCACGGGAAUCAAAAACCGCGCUCUUAUUAGCCACGGUCACCCAACCACCCGGCACUCCUCACCCUUCACGCUCGUUAACAGGACGGUGAUAGUCGUGCCCUCUCCCUGGGCCCGUCAAUUUCAGUUCCCAGACGCCAAACCCGUCGUACACCACAUCACGGUAGCCCGGUCUUGAAGUCUCCCCACCCCCGAUCCGCCCAACGCCCUCUAAUUCACUCCUCGACUUCGCCUCUCACGAUGGAACCAUUAUCAAUUGACUCAGUCGUAGUGGACACGCCUCUCGCAAUGACACCUACCAGCCCUACUACUCUCCGUAGCGAAGCAAUCCCGAUCGCACCACCAAAGCUUAAAGGAAGACAGAGGCUGUUGCAUGGACUACAGCGCAUGAGCUCUUCACCGAGCCUCGCUGGACUAGGAAGGACACGCUCGCAAAGUCUGAGGAGUAAUGGGAAGGCUUCAAUGUCUUGCGUGUCUCUGGCAUCGUCGGGCUCUCCCUACGGCCAGUCGUAUGGGAGCUCCUACUCCUCGGAGAUGUCCGCUGGAUACUCUACCGCUCCCACCUCUGUAGCGAACAGCCCUGGACCCGCAAGCCCAAUCUUUGAUGACAAGACUCGACUGCGAGUAAUCGGGGCUGAUGCUCCAACUUCUGUAGCACUUCCUGCUGAUUUGCGGCCCAUGUCAAGAGAUGGAGUUGACGUCGAGGGAGAUUAUUUUUCACACCAAGUCAGGAAGAAGAUCCAGCGCAGAGCCAACUUCAACUUUUGGGGGGACAUGCCUCCUGAGAUCCGCAUGCACAUCCUCCGAUACCUGAAGCCGAAGGAGAUUGUCCGCUGCUCAGCUGUUUCCAAAUCCUGGCACGCAAUGUGCUUUGAUGGACAGCUGUGGAGCGACUUGGAUACUUCGGAAUACUAUCGAGACAUUACUGCACCCGCACUGGUAAACAUCAUUACGUCCGCUGGACCAUUUGUUCGAGACCUCAACUUGAGAGGUUGCGUGCAAUUGAGGGAACAGUGGAGCAGGAAUGGCCUGAUUGACGCCUGCCGGAACAUUGAAAAUUUCUCCCUGGAGGGUUGUCGUAUCGACCGAACUUCUAUUCACUGCUUCCUUCUUAAGAACAGCCGCUUGAUCCAUGUGAACCUCUCUGGUCUUGCUGGGGCCACGAAUGCUACAAUGAAGAUUCUCGCCUCGAAUUGCCCAAAGGUGGAACAUCUUAACAUCUCCUGGUGCAACAACGUUGACACUCGUGGACUUCGCAAAGUCGUUGAAGGCUGUCUAAACCUACGAGAUCUCCGAGCCGGCGAGGUACGAGGCUUUGACGAUAUUGAGUUCAUGUUUGAACUCUUCAAGCGAAACACACUCGAUCGACUUGUCCUCAUGAACUGUGAUAGUCUGAACGAUGACUCUCUCGCUGCUCUCGUGGAGGGUGUGGACAGCGAAGUAGAUGUCUUGACCGAUCGCCCGAUUGUACCGCCACGAAGAUUGAAGCACUUGGACCUCACACGCUGUCGUGGAAUCUCCGAUAAUGGCGUUGAGACGUUGGCUGGAAACGUUCCCUUCUUGGAGGGACUGCAACUCUCAAAAUGCCACACCCUCACUGACUCGUCUUUGAUCACUCUGUUGCCUACGUGUCCUGUGCUUACCCAUUUGGAUCUGGAAGAACUUGAUGGUCUUACCAAUGAAGUCCUCAAGACACUUGCUGCCACGCCGUGUGCUCCUCAUCUCCAACAUCUUUGCAUCUCCUAUUGCGAGAACUUGGGUGACUCGGGGAUGCUACCUGUCCUGAAAUCUUGCUCAAAUAUUACCUCUUUGGAUAUGGACAACACCCGCAUCUCAGAUCUUGUUCUUGCUGAAGCUGCAUCCUCUAUUCGUGCGCGGAACCGGGGUGCUAGAAAACUCUCUGGCUCAGAGCGUCCGCACGUUGGCUUGAAGAUAGUUGCAUACGAUUGCGCGAACGUUACGUGGACUGGUGUUCGCGAAGUCUUGUCGCGGAAUGCUGAGAUAUCUCGACCCUCUGCCAACUCCUUGUCGACCACUCCAACAUAUCCUCGCGAGAUCAUUGGCUUGAAGUGCUUUUACAACUGGCAACCGACUGUUGAAGAGCAUACGAAGCGAGUCCUUCGCGGCGAUUUUGCAGCGGCUGGUCGACUGGAGCGCAAGUGGGCGGACUGGAUGAUGUUGAAUGAAGAAGCUGGGAUGGGAGGAACAGGGGCUCGCCGACGCCGAAGACGAGCCCGAGAAGCACAGCUGCUGCAUGCUGAUGAAGAGGAGGGCGGUGCUGGUGGAGGAGUUGGAGGAGUCGGCCGACGACGAAGGGCUAGGAGCGGCCCUGGUGGCUGUACUGUCAUGUCCCUGGCCUGCCACCAAGCAUCUACUACAUCGCCAACUUCAUCACCCCAGAAGAAGAGGCUUCAAUACUAUGCAAGGCGAGCACUAUAUCCCCAUCCCACACUCCCUCUCUCCUCCUUCUUACUCUUCUCGCAGAUCCCCUCCCAAAGAUGGAUAGCCCUAUCACACCGUCGUCUGCAAGCGCAUCCUUCCACCCUAACAACUAAUAACACGCUCCUGGGCGCCCCGCUUCCAUCAUACCUCGUCAAGCCCGUUGUCGAGCGAUUCAAAACUCUGGGGGUGUUUGAAAAUACGCUGCAUGGAGCUCCGAACCAUGUUUUGAUCAAUGAAUAUAAGAGGGGAGAGGGGAUUAUGCCGCAUGAGGAUGGGAGCGCAUAUGCGAAGGUGGUUGCGACGGUUAGUUUGGGGGGCAGUAUCUGCUUGGAUAUUACACAUAAGCCGACGAGUGGGCGGGAGGGGGAGGAGGGGGAGAGUGGAGAGGAGAUGGGGACUGAUUGUGGGGCCUUGGGGAAGAACAAGGAUACGCAUGAGGAAGCCAAGGGCAAAAGCGACUCCAAAGGUACCCCAAAACUGCCAAGCCAAAUACCUACCUUGCAGUAUAAAGUCCCAACGCGCAUUCUCCAAGAACCCCGUUCACUCCUGAUCACGACCUCCUCUGCUUACACGGAUCUCCUCCAUGGUAUCUCUCCAAUUGAGAUUGACGAGAACCUCUCGCCGGACACGGUCGCUAAUUGGUACCUGCUCGCCGAACCGCAUCGCUUCGAGGAGGCUGGGGGACGCAACGAAAGAGCUACGAGAGUUAGUCUAACAUAUAGAGACGUCCUUAAAGUCAGCUCCGCAGCGGGUAAGGUCUUUGGACCCCUCGGCAACCGGUGA